AUGUUAAAUCAAAUCCCUAUCGAAUUUAAUUAAGACUUAGAUGAAUUUCAUCAAUGUAAUUCAAGCAAAAGUGACUCUACUGCAACACCAGGCUAAUUUGAUAAUGUUAUUUCAUCUUAAGUCAAAUUUUCUUAAAUUUUUGAAGAUCAUCUCAACCAAGAUGGUAAAAUAUUCAUAAUAUAGAAGGUGAUGAAUUUGAAUCUUUAAAUAAGUAACUUUAGGGUGUGUUGCUGACUGAAAAAUCUAGACCCUCUUUGAUUAAAGCUUUCUCUUUAGAUAUGUAAGACGUCAUCAAAUUAAAAAAACUUAGGUCCUCAUAUUUGACCCAUGAAUAGCUUACAAAGAAUUCUAGGAGAAUGUAAUAAGAAUAUGAAUAAGCAAAUAAUUAAGAAAGGGAAUAUGUAUUUAACACUUAUAUUAAAAAUAAUAUUGUUAAUCUCAGUCUAGAUAAGUAUAUGCAUUACAUAUUAGAGAAAAUUAUAGAAAUAGGUAUUUAUUAAAAAUAUGAUAAGGACCUAUCAAUUUUAGAAACAUUAUCUUAGAUUAAAUUUUUACUUCUAUUAAGAAAUUAGUCAAUGAUCUUCAUGCUUGUAAGGUAAUGUAGAAGGGAUUAGAGAUUAUGUCCUUAUAUUCAUCAGAAUCUAAAUCUUAAUAUUAACAAUACAUAAAUUUUGUUUUGGAAGAGAGCAAUUUUACAAGAAGAUUAUACACUAAUAAAAUAGGAAAUUAAUUAUUUUAAAAAAGUUUAGACGUUUUUGAUAAAUAUAAUUUAGAAUAACUUCUAAGAAUUUUAGAUAAAUAUGUACAUUAAUUUAAUAAUUACUAGAUUUUAAAUCAAAAUUAAUAUUCUUUAGAAUUAUCAACCAAUCAAUAUGGUUGCUUAAUUGUUAAUAAAAUUAUAGAUAUCUUUCCAAAACUGAUUGAUCCCAAUACAAAAUCAUUAGCAAAUGAAAUCAUUAUGAGAACCAUACAAAAUUCAUCAUGUUUGAUAAGAAGAUAAUAUGCUAAUUAUAUCAUUCAGUAAAUAUUAGAAAAAGGCUAAGAGUGUCACAAAAGAAUCUUAUUAAAUAAUUAUAUCAUCAAGGACUUUGUAUCCAUGUCAAUGGAUAAAUACGGUAGUAAUGUUGCAGAUAAGGCAAUAGUGCAUGGUGGAAACUAAUGGAGAUUAAAAUUAUGGGAAGAAGAAGUUUCAGUUUCUGAAAGGUAAAAAAUAUUUUUAAUCUGUAUAGUUCUUUUCGAAAAUUAGUGAAUGAUCAGUUUGCUAAUUAUCCAAUAUAAAGACUAUAUGAAUAUUUGUCUAUUGAGUAUAGAAAUGAAUUUGUUGCCUUAUUGAACAGAUUGAAUGAUAGUCAUUUUCUCAAUCAUCAUGGUUAGAUAGUAUUAAAGUUUUCUCUCUCUAAUUACAAUAUCAAAAGAUUAGCUUACAAAGUUAAUUCAACUGAAAAUAUUAAACCUACUAAAUUAUAAGAAAAGAAUAAAUAACUUCAAUAAAUAUAUGAAUAACAAUAAUAAAUGACUUCAAAUUAAAUGCUAUAUCAAUUACAUUUAUAAUAAUAAUAGUUGAUGGCAUAAUAAUAUUAAUGGUUUUAAUACUAAUUGUAAUAAUUUAUAUCUCCUAUUGAAUUUCAAUAAUAUUAAGCAAUGCUCGUAUAAUAAUCUAUGUAGAUGUAUUAAUAACAAUAAUAGAAGGUUUCUCCUUAAUUUUAAUAAUCAAAUUUGAAUUAAUAAGAGUAGUUUACUUUUCAAUAAUCUUUGUAGUCUCAAGAUCAAAGAAAUUAAUAAACAUUAAAUUAUUAUUAAUAGAUUUAAUCCUUUCAAAAUAUGAAUUAAAAAUAAUAUGAAUGA